AUGGUGCAUGGGCAGGUCCGCUAUUCUGUUCCCGAGGAAAUGGUGAAAGGCUCGCUGGUGGGAAAUAUUGCGCAGGACCUUGGCUUGGAUAUCAAGAGACUGAAAUCUGGUAGAGCUCGCAUCUUUUCUGAGGACAGUCGUGAGUACAUCGGUCUGAAUGCGGAUAAAGGGACGCUGGUUGUGAAAGAGAGAAUAGACAGAGAGGAGCUGUGCGCUCAGGUUUCCCCCUGCUCUUUACAUUUCCAGAUUAUUUUGGAUAACCCAAUGGAGCUGCAUCCCGUGAGAAUAGUUAUCCAGGAUCAGAAUGACAACGCACCUCAGGUUUUGUAUCCAGUACAAAGUAGUGGCUCUCUGGUGGCCGAAAUGGUUCCCCGUUCAGCAGAUGUGGGGUAUCUCGUCACUAAAGUGGUGGCUGUUGAUGUGGACUCGGGACAGAAUGCUUGGCUGACAUACAAACUGCAAAAGACAACAGACAGGGCUUUGUUCGAAGUCGGUGCGCAAAAUGGAGAAAUAAGGACUGUGCGUCAAGUCACUGACAAAGAUGCUGUAAGGCAAAAGCUCACUGUCAUUGUGGAGGACAACGGACAGCCACCCCGCUCAGCUACAGUCAAUGUUAACGUGGCGGUGGCUGACAACUUCCCUGAAGUGCUCUCCGAAUUUGCGGACAGUUCUCAUGAUAAGGAGUACAACGAUAACCUGACUUUUUACUUAGUUUUGGCACUGGCUGUCGUCUCAUUUCUCUUCAUAGUAUCCAUCAUAGCCAUACUGUCAGUGAAGUGCUACAGAUGGAGACGUGAGCGGAUGUUUUAUAAAUCCAACGGAAAUCUGCCGGUUAUUCCCUACUACCCACCUCUUUACGCAGAUGUAGGGGGCACAGGGACAUUAAAGCAAAUCUACAAUUACGAGAUGUGCGGAACGACUGACUCCCGGAAGAGUGAUCUGAAAUACAUCAGACCCUGUAGUCAGAGCAUUCUCAGUCUGGACACUAGUGGCACUCAGACCCUCUCUCGCAUGCCUGAUAGCAUGCGCACAGGUGGAGAUGCAGACAUACAGGUGAGCCAGGGGCCAUGCAAGUUUAAACGCCACUCAAAGUGA